GAUGCAAGUGAAUUUGACAAAUUUGCAGAGGGUUCACAUUAUGGACCCGUUUUGUCUCCGCUUCUGGUCAAGAAGGUAAAAGCAUGGUUGCAGCUGAACCCGCUGCUGAUGCCGACUCCCGAUGAAGAGGGGUGCAACUACAUCAAGUGGAAUAUGCUCUUCUCCACCGCACAGUGCCAGCGCUCCUCUGACCCUGCCUAUCACUCCUGGUCUGAUGGCCGCUUCGCACCUGCGACCUGGCCACACGUGUCCCCCCUUCACCUUAUAUCCUGUCACAUCCCAUGGCCCAUUGAAGUUUCUGCGUUUGAUGAAGCCAUCGGCAUCACAUGUGGGGAUGUCAUCGAAGGCAUACAUGCAUACAUGAAUGGGCACGUCGUGCAAUGGCAGUUCGACUCCGCAUCAGCAGACCAUAAGCGUGUCAUUUCAAAUGCAUUCUACCACAAUCACUCGACGGUGCAGGGCAUGCCCAGCAGGCAGCUACCACAAAUGCUCCUCCACUUCGACUGGCUCAGGCAGGAUACGAUGUUUGGUGGGAUCGCAAUCAAUGAGCAGUUAGUCCAGGAGGUCUGCAGCGGGCCGCUGCUGUGUGUGUUUGAGUUGUUGUGUCGAAGGCACUACCUGACAUCUGAGCAGGAGAUCUUGGAGCAGGAGGAGUGA